AAGACCUCCGACGUCACCGGUUCUUUAACCAGCUAGUCUGCCUAAUUCUACUGUAUCAUGCUCUAACUCACGCCUCUUCUUCCUGUAACACUAUUGUGCAUCUGCGAUACCUAGUCUUAGCUUUCUUCCUUGCAAUGAUUUUUUGAUUAGUUUACGAGUAGCAUCAACCUUCGACAUCCAGGGACUAUGGAGCGUCCCUCGACGCCUCCCCGCGCCGCAACCGGCUCGGGAGCCGUUACAUCUCCACUUACACCAGAGGUCACCCGUCGCAUCGAAGAAAAUAGGUUAAAAGCCAAAGCGAUAAGAGAUCAGAAAGAAGCCGCCGCCCGGGCCGCCGGCGUCCCUACGCAAAACCGCACGCCCUCCGGCUUCAUCGCCACAGACGAAAUCCACAUCCCCAACACUCGCAAGCGACCUUACGACGCCAUAGCCAGCGCGACAGUGCAGGCGCGCGAAGUCCCAUCUACAAGCCGCGAUGGCCGCGUUAACGGCGCGUCCCCGGCGAAAGAUGGCGCAGCAGCAGCGAAGGACGACGGGGCCAUCCGGCCGGCGCGGAAGUUCACCAAGUUCGUCGACUACGACCUAGGGAAGAUGACAGACACAAAAGGUGGUUUCCUCAGCGCUGAGGACGACCCCUGGAACAAAGCCAUGUCGGGACCAGGUGGUAGCGGCGCAGCAGGAGGGAAAGCAGAUGGCAAAGGAGGGCCCGAGGAAGAGCAGCGGCCGAAAGGCAUGACGAUGCAGGAGUGGGAGAGACUACAGCUCCUGAAAAAGUUGCGGCGGCAGAAGGCCGGACCUUUCGAGCCGGGGCUGAGCGCGCUGACGGACGAGAAGGAGAGGAAGAAGUGUCGGGAAUGCGGCACGCUCGAGAUCGACUUCGUGUGGGAGGAGGUCUUCGGGUGCGCUGUGUGCAAUGCGUGCAAGGAGAAGUAUCCGGAGAAAUACAGUCUUUUGACGAAGACGGAGUGCAGAGAGGAUUAUCUCCUGACAGAUCCCGAACUCCGCGACUCCGAUCUCCUCCCGCACCUCUCGCGCCCGAACCCGCACAAGUCGCACUGGCACGACAUGAUGCUCUUCCUGCGAUACCAGGUAGAGGAGUACGCCUUCGGCUCGAAGAAAUGGGGUUCGGCCUCGGCUCUCGACGCCGAGUUCGAGCGCCGCGAGGCCGACAAGAAGAGGCGGAAGGAAGCCAAGUUCAAAGAGAAGCUCCUCGAUCUCAAGAAACGCACGCGCACGGACGCGUACCUGCGCGGACAGGGGAGAUUCGAUAAUAGUAGUAGUAGUAGUAGGGGUGGAGGGAAGAAGGCCAAGUUCGGCGAUGCUGUGGCCGAUGGCGGGAAACAUGUUCAUGAAUGGGGUCGUGUCAUUGAGAAUGAAGACGGCGCUACUGUGAAGACGUGUACGACGUGUGGUAUGGAGGUCGAGGAGUUGGAGUUUUGAGAUACCCCCUAUUCUAUUGUAGCUAACUGUUAGUGGGAUUUUUGGUCGUCUAAUGACUUUGAAUCUAUCAUCUCGUUGGCUAUUAUGCUCAGUCCUCAUGGGCGACUUGAUCCUUAGUGUUCUAUCUACAUGAGUCUGUAGCUAUUACCCAGUUGCUUUUUAUUCUGUGGCAAGGUACUUUCCCAAUUGCUUAACCGGGCAGAACUCGAGUGUCUCCAAAGAUUCAUAAAGUAAUGAUAUAUAUCUUCCACGCUGCUCAAUUACAAGCGAAGUUGUGUAUAUCACUGAGGGGAUAUUUCAAAAUAUAAGCUCGCUGUGAUUUACAACAA